UCUAGUGUUGGAAGAUGGCGCCUCCCUCUAGCUUCCUCUGGCAGCCCAGUGAUUCGAUGGAUAUCUGAGUGGAACAGGGUGAGCCAACUUUUAACCGUAUCUACCUCGUAAGUUGCUAUGUGUGCUAGAGGUUCCAAAUCUCUAGUACCUCAGGGACGUGAACUGAACCGCCAUGUUGAGAGAGCCCGAUAUAAGGCGAUGUGAUCUGAGAGCAGUUACGAUGUGAAAUUCGUGAGACCCUCGGUUUAACUAGAAACGCGGGUGACGUAUCUUUCUACCUCAUGCUUCGCUCAUGGCCGCUGCAUUUUCCGACUCGUUCGGUGAGCAGCUGUCCUGUCCCCUAUGUUUGAGCAGAUUCGACGAUCCACGAGUGUUACCAUGUCUCCAUACAUUUUGCAAGAAGUGUUUGGAGACCGAGCUUCGCGAUUCUGGGGGAGGGGGAGGGGGUGGCCUAGGCAUAAACUUCGGUUGCCCCACCUGCCAACAAAUGGUGUCCCUAAAUUCAGCAGGGCUAGAAAGUCUCCCUUCCAACUUCUUCAUCAACAACAUCAUCGAUGUGAUGGUAUCCCACGAGGACGAGUUCGAAAAUGGCGAGCAGGAGAGGGACAGGGGAUUGACAAGAUGGUGUAGUUCCUGUGAUGAAGGAAGCCAAGCUUCAUCUUUGUGCAAGAAUUGUAAUGAGUAUUUAUGUGAUAAUUGUGUCAAAGCUCACCAGCGUGUAAGGCUGACUAAAGAUCAUUACAUUGAAAGACUGCCAAAGAUGAGAUACUCACCACCCUCUCUCUCUCAUCCAGAUCCGUCACCUACCCAUUUUUCUGACAGUGGUCGGUCCCUUACCAGUUGUGAUAGCCACGAACAUGAAGUAUUACGACUAUUCUGUGACACCUGUGCCCUAGCCAUCUGUAGGGAAUGUACCAUGUCAGAGCACAUGGGUCACAGUUUUAUCUACCUCCAAGAUGCUAUUGAUAAUUCCAAGACAAUCACAUUGAAACUUUUGGCAGAUGCCAAGGCAGGGAUCAAAGCAUUAGAAGAAAGCAUUCAUUUAACCCAGGGAAUGGCUGAACGAGUUGAGGUUCGUGCACAAGCAGUAGCAACAGAGGUUAGAGCAACAACACGUAGACAUAUGACUGCUUUGGAAGAGAGGGAGAGGGAAUUACUGCGACGGGUAGAGAAAAUACGCCAAGUCAAAGCCAAAUCACUUCAUUUACAAGUCGAUGAUUUGAAACAUGGACUUUCAUCACUCAGUCAAACUGUGGAUGAAGUUGAAGUCCUACUGAAUACGGGUACUGACAUUGACAUUUUGAAAACGAAGGAUCGUAUGGUUUCUGAAAUACAGAACAUGCGGCGCCUCAGGGGCCAUAUGCAGCCACAUGAAGAUGAUAACAUUUUAUUCACUCCCCCAGAUGCAGCCUUGUACAAUGCCAUCAGUAAAAUGGGCUUUAUUAGUAGCAGUGCUUAUGCACCUAAUUCCUGUGCAACCGGCGAUGGCUUGAAACGAGCUUUAAAAGGAAAACUAGCUUUGUUCAUGGUACACACCAAAGAUCACCACGGAGAGGGGCGUGUGAUGGGAGGGGACCCACUGGAGAUCAUUAUACAAAGUCCAGAGGGAGCUCUUUAUCGAACAGAGGUCAUUGAUCGUCAGAACGGUUCCUAUGCUAUCACGUAUCGCCCACAAACAGAAGGGCAGCAUAUCGUCUCUGUCACAAUCCGUGGCAAGCACAUCAGGGAGAGUCCAUUCACCGUCAACGUCAGGAGUGGACGCAACUACGCUGCGAUCGGCCGUAGCAUUUUCCAGUUCGGUGGUGAAGGAGACGGAGAUGGGAAACUGUGUCGCCCUUGGGGUGUAUGCUGCGACAGGGAUGGUUAUGUCAUCGUUGCAGACCGUAGCAACAACAGAGUGCAAGUAUUCACCCCAGACGGAGCAUUCCAUCACAAGUUCGGAUCUCCGGGCUCCAGAAAUGGCCAGUUUGACCGCCCGGCGGGUGUCUGUGUGGAUCUUCAAGGACGUAUAAUCGUUGCAGAUAAAGACAACCAUCGUGUGCAGCUCUUCACAUUUGAUGGCAAUUUCGUGUUGAAGUUUGGCGAAAAAGGUAAUAAAAACGGGCAGUUCAACUAUCCCUGGGAUGUGGCAGUCAACUCUGAGGGUAAAAUACUGGUGUCCGACACACGCAAUCACCGUGUGCAGUUGUUCACUCCCGAUGGCCAGUACCUGAACAAGUAUGGUUUUGAGGGCCCACUCUGGAAGCACUUCGAUUCCCCACGUGGUGUGUGUUUCAAUAAUGACGGACACAUUGUUGUGACAGAUUUCAACAACCAUCGUCUACUCGUCAUUCACUCUGAUUUCCAGUCGGCACGCUUCCUCGGCACAGAGGGCAGUGGGAAUGGCCAGUUCCUUCGUCCACAAGGGGUCGCUGUCGAUCAGGAAGGAAACAUCAUCGUGGCAGAUUCAAGGAAUCACCGAAUCCAAGUGUUCCAACCCAACGGCAACUUCCUGUGCAAGUACGGCACCCAGGGCUCCGGGCCAGGCCAAAUGGAUCGUCCAUCAGGUCUUUGUGUCUCACCAGAUGGUUAUGUGAUAGUUGUGGACUUUGGGAAUAACCGUGUAGAGGUUUUUUGACGGCUUCACAGCGGAAGACCGUGAGGGUCAAGCCCGGCAGGGUCAAGCCCAGGAGGGUCAGCUGCAUCCACUUGUGCUCAGGCAUGCUUCUCAGGUGACUUAAUCGUGAAGCCAAAGGCAUCGUCAGCUCAGGGAUUUUCUAUAUAUACUUAGUUACAGAGUAUCUGUCAUUGUGCUUAUAUGAGUUUAUCAGCUUUACCCAAUAUAUUUGUGUAGAGGAAAUUGUCAGCUCUUUCCACAGAUCUUCCUACGUCACUCCAUAUCACAAAUUGUGAAUCGUCAGUUGAGAUAACAAAAUGACAAGUUUCAUCAAUUGAAAGAAAAUCAUUCGCACAAAAAUAUGUUGGGUAGACUUGAUAAGUGAGUUAUAUUUAUUAGCUACAGAUUGUUUGCUAUGUGUUUUCAGAUGCCUUCUGGGUAUCCAAGUGUCACACUGUGACUUUAAUUCCUUCAAUGUCUUUAUUUUGUAAGACAUUAAUAUUGCCUGUUAAUGUUUUCGCAUAUAGAAAUGUGUGCUGGGCCAAUGUUUCCGCUCAGCUUAAAGCCAUCAAAGUAUAAACGUUAGUCUGAACUGCCCAUCAUUCCCAGGCCGAAUGUCUAGAUUGUGCAAGACUGUUUAAAUGUCUGUUUAGCGCAAACCAGUCUACCUCUCGCUGUCACUGCUAGCUCUAAGCAAUAGGAAGUGCCAGUGGCCGAUUCCUCCAAUAAAUAUCAAAUUCUGAUCUCACAUCUUGGGCAGCGCAAGUCUGUGCUCACAUCCAGCAGUUUUAUUAUACGAUGUGAGUUGACUUAUGAUUUGAGGAUAAGACACGGAAAUCACUUCUAACUAAUAUCUGUGUUUUCAUCAGCAAAAUGAAUGUUUUCAAGCUCCUUUAUCACUGCUUUACAAACUGACUGUUAAAUUUGCAUUCAAAAUCAACUCACAGGAGUUACCUCCCUUUACUAACAACCUCAGUAACCUUCAAGUUGUCAAUGCAUUGAAGUACUUGGGAGCCAUUCAUGCCUUUUCAUAACAUCUUAAGUGAAGAGACCAAAUUUACAAGUCAAAAGAUUUGCACAUUUUUUCACAGAUCAUGAUUCAAAAUUAAACAUGAAGAUCCUUAUUUUGAUGAUUAUUAUUUUUAAUAAGAGAUGCUAGUUAGUUAAAUAUGCCAGUGCUGGAAAUUACAGUUUAACUGUCCAACAUUUGCUGUUUCCUGGUCUGGUCUUCCAAGGUUUGGUCUUGCACAAUGUUGACAGAGCCUUCAAUCGUAGCUGCUCAUUCUCUAGGUCAACCAAGCCAAAAUAAGCGCUAAAGUGUUUAUUUUGGUACUACCUCAUGUCAGUCUGUGUUACUAUGGUUACGGACAACAGAAUUCAGUCUGUUAUGCGGCACUUGCAGAAAACUGUAUCUACUUACUUUCAUUUUGAUAGAUAUGAAAAUUGUAAUUAUACAUGAGAGCGCUGUAGUUAUUUCAAAUAAUGAAGACGUGCAGACAUUGAUGUGAAAUUUGAAUUAAUGCAGAUAUUUUGCCUUGGAAAUGUUUUGGUGUGGUUUGGAAGCAUAUUGUAACCAUGGUUUCAACUUUUUGGAUGGUACCUCUCUCCUCAAUGAGGAAUAUUUUAUGUGUUCGAGUCUCUGUUAAUUGUGACAUUUAGUGUUCUGUACACUUAGUUUAAUCAACAUAUUACAGUCUUUCAUUUCAAAAUUUCAUCAAAAUAGUUUAAAACAAAUAAUGUAUUUUACAAGGUAAUUUUCAAAGUAAACUUUAGUAUCUGUUCUGAUAUUUGUUUUUAAAGAAUGUUGUUUGAGUGAUAAAAGUCAGAUCUGUAUUUUACAUGAUUGAUAUGUUGGACUUUGAAAGAUAUAUGGCAGUGAAAGAUAUUCUGGACUUGUUAUGGAGGAAUAUAAGAUUUUCAGAUGUUUUUACCAUUUUGUUCAAUUGUCUCUAAAUUUCUAAACCUUUGAAAUUCAGCCUAAUAAUAAUUGUUAUUCACUUC